AUGGAAAUUCAAUCAGGAAAUGGAGAAGAGCCAGCCAGUGCAGUGUCAGCGCCUAGAGGCUUGGUUUCGCACACUCCUUCCAGGCCGCAGGUGGAGGCAGCCGACAGCCCAGUUCUCACAGAGGACCCACAGGCGACAAAGCUCAUUGAGAGGUUUGACAUUCAGCUAGACAGCCUCAAGAGGAUGUUCGAGAAGCCGGCGCUGGCAAACUCGUGGCACAGCUCCACACCGGCUGCCUGUGCGCUAUGCUGCUGGCCUGGUGACAUCCAACACCCUGUCAUUUAA